UAAACAUGGCGAAAAGUUAGCUCGGUAAUGGCGGCGAACUUCUAAACUUUUUGUGAUCAAGGAACCGCGAGUCUUCUUGGUUUGGGACUUUUCUGACAACCUCAAAAUGCCAUUUUCUUUGCACAGUCACAGUGGGCAGUUCUGUAAGCAUGCUUUCUGUACUUUAGAAGAGGUCGUACAAAGAGCAAUCGAAGUUGGUUUCACUCACUACGGGCUUUCAGAGCAUAUGCCAAGAUACGAAGCCGAAGAUCUGUACGAUGAAGAAAUUGAGGAAAAUUUGACACCUGCUGAUCUUCAGAAUAUGUUUAAUGACUUUGUUAAGGAAGCCAGGCAUCUUCAAGCAAAGUACAAAGACAAGAUUUGUCUCCUUAUUGGCUUAGAAACUGAGGUUAUCAGAGAAGACAGUUUUGAUCAGAUAAGAGCACUGAAAAAACAACAUGAAUUGGACUAUAUUGUCGGAUCAGUUCAUCAUGUGGAUGGAAUUCCCAUAGAUUUCAGCAAUGAACUGUUUGAUAAAGCAGUGGAACAGGCAGGUGGAACAGAAGAAGUCAUGUGUCAAUACUUUGAUCAUCAGUAUCAGCUAAUAAAGGAGUUAAAACCUGAAGUUAUUGGCCACUUUGAUGUCAUCAGGAAAUAUCGACCUGACAUUGAAUUUACAGAUAUCCUAUGGGAAAAGAUUGUUAGGAAUGUAAGAGCAGGGAUGUCUUAUGGAGCUUUGUUUGAGAUAAAUUGCAGCGGUGCAUCACCAACAAAGAAACUUAAAUGUCCAUACCCACAUCCAAGGAUUAUUGAGCUUUUAGUGGCAUCUGGGGCUAAAUUGACUCUGUCAGAUGAUUCACAUGGAACAGGAGAUGUUGGUUUCUGGUACAACAACUUGCCCCAGCACUUAGCAACUUACAGGGUCAGUGAACUUUACUAUCUGGACAGAGCACAGGUGACCAAUGACUCAGCAGGACAAGAAAAAAGAGUUGUGUCUAAAAAGUUAACAGACUGUUGGAAGCAUCCAUUUUGGGAAAAAUGUGUGGAAACUAUAAAAUAUGACAAAUGACAAUUUGUAUUUUGUUAUAUACUUUAAUGUAAUCUUAAUUCAAUUUUUUUUUGUUGGGGAGGGGGGUAGGAGGAAGGGGUUUAAGAGUUAAACUCAAUGAAGACAUAGUGAACUUUUUCUACUUAAAAAAUUGAUUCCAUGUUGUGGUGCAACAGUUUAGUAACAGGUCACAGAUGAGGUCAAAGCCUUGUGUAAUGAGGGCUGUUUGUGCAUUUGUGUAUUUAUGUGUGUCACCCUCAAAGUUUCAAUGACAACGUGCCUCAUGGAGCUUUAUUUAUUGUUAUCGUUUACUAAAUAUCCCCAAGCUCAAAGCAAUAUUUAAGCCCUAAAAGGGAGCAUGUUUCAUUUAUGUGGAAUUUAAGAUAUAAGUCAGCAGUUGUUUCUUUGCAUUUUAAUUCUAUUUUCAUUUUGAUUUAG